GCAUGGCUGUCGUGACGUCACUACAGUUUGCGUUACAAUAGCCGUGCCACGUAUUUUUGCCAUUCGAGUGUCUCGCAAAGCCGUACGACCGACAAUUGAUUUAAUGUCUUUUACUUGCUCGUCUCGAGUGACCUAAGGAGAGUUCUUGGCAGGAAAUGGGAUCGUCUCACAGCGUGGAGAUACCGGGAGGCGGUACAGAAGGUUACCAUGUAUUGAGGGUUCAGGAUGGUUCUCCUGGACAGCAAGCGGGGCUUGAAGCAUUUUUUGAUUUUAUAGUAGCAAUUGGAAAUACUCGUUUGGACCAAGAUAAUGAUACUUUGAAGGAACUUUUAAAAGUUGGUGUAAAUAAAGAACUAACAAUCACAGUAUAUAGUAGUAAAACACAAUCUGUAAGGCGAACAAAAAUUGUCCCAAGUAUGACGUGGGGUGGACAGGGUUUAUUGGGCGUUAGUAUACGUUUCUGUUCAUUUGAAGGCGCUAAUGAAAACGUUUGGCAUGUACUUGAAGUACAUCCAUCAUCUCCUGCUGAAUUGGCUGGUUUACGACCAUUCACUGAUUAUAUUAUUGGAGCAGACUCCAUUCUCCAUGAAAGCGAGGAUUUGUUUACCUUAAUAGAGGCGCAUGAAUCGCGACCUCUCAAAUUGUAUGUAUAUAACACUAAGGAUGAUUCCUGCAGAGAAGUGACUAUUACACCUAACAAUAAUUGGGGUGGUGAAGGAAGUUUGGGAUGUGGAAUUGGAUAUGGGUACCUACACAGAAUACCUGUCAGAAAUGUACCAGAGCAGAAACCUGUUAAUUCAUAUGUGAAUACUCCCAAGACUGCAAUGCAAACUCUACCAGUACCAGCUCCGGUACCAGUAACAGUUACAGCAGCAGUGACUGCAACAGCAACUACUAUCGUUAACAUGGCAGAAAUCAAUCCAAUCACCAGUAUACCAUCUGGAUUACCCAUUCCGUCGAAUUAUACUGCCUCAAUGGAUAACUCGAAAAAUAUAAAGAGUGAACAGGAAAUCAUAUCUGUUCAAAGUACACCUGGACUAGGCACUCAAAUACAGCCAGCGAAUCAAGUCAAUUUCACUGGCGCUGUUAGUGGCUAUACACCAGUCAGUUCAGUUCCUCACAUGUUUCCAAGUCAACCUACCACCAGUUUCACACCUAGCACUUAUCCAAUAACUCCAAAUAUUCCUGGUAUGCCCACUGUUGCAACAUUAUCACCAAAUGUUACCAAUUCUUACGAGGGUUCGAUUGCGCCGCCUGGACCAAUUAAUGUCCCAGGACAGCAGAGAGGACAGAAUCCUGUCCAUGGUACCACAAUCAAUGUGCCAGUAUUACAGCAGAGAGAGCAGAAUCCUAUUCCUGGUGCAAACAUAGCUGCUGGAUUUAAUAUGCCUCAGUCUCACGUUGUAACGACACCCAUCUCACUGCCAGGAAUGCCGCCUAUUACAGUCACCGCCUCUCUCCCACAAGACACAUCCUUCUAUCCAUCUGUUCUUCAACAGCACAAUCAAUUGUCACCCAGUAUCAACACCACCAUCACCACCACCACCGCCACUUCUCCUACAUUGCCGACGUCCACGCAGUAAGAAAGUUUAUAUUGUUAAAAAAUUAAAUGGAGAAUAGGAUAUAAUUUUCACUUUAAUAAAAUAUAUCUUUAAGCGCGUGCUGGUUAAGUAAAAUUGAAUAUUUUAUCCAUUCUAAACUGUCAGGACAGAAAGAAUGAGCUAAUGAGACUGAGGGUAGUAUUUAUAAUUGUUCCUUGGUGAAAAUUUCUUAUUUGUACAUGUAUGUGCAUGUAUACAAAAUAUAUUUGAAUGUAUAUAUACAUGCAUAGAAAUUGUUACUUUUACCAAAGAAAUAUUUAUAAAUGCCUCCCUAAGUUUUAUUUCUUUUAAUAUUGCGAAUGUGAUGAGCGUAAUACAUUUUUUAAGUGUACUAAUAUGUACUAAAAAGAGAAUAGUAAUGUAAUGUAAUAUUGUACAUAAAUAAAAUAAUUGCAAAAUCCUAAUUAUAUUGCAUCACAAAAAA